UUUACGUUGCUCAGUGUUUACUUGUUUACUCUUUCGAUUCGAUAAAAUCUACAUCCAUGUUUUAUUUGUACCUAUAAUAUUUAACGUAAUAUCGGUAUAUGCAAGUCUAAAGAAUUAGUUUAGGUUGAGGCCACCUUGCUUGAGCCCCAAUGGACGUGGUAAAUUCAUGUCGCUGCUGCCUCCAAUGUCCUCCGGACAAGGAUCUGGCGACGCCGUACAUACAUCUCGGCACAAAGGAGAUAUAUGCAGACAUGCUCAAAGAGUGCUUCGAUGUACAUUUAACACUGGAUGCAAAUGUCUCGCGAGGGAUUUGCUUGACGUGUGUGAAUCGUCUGCGAGACGCGAGUGACUUCAAGCUGCAAGUGCAACGCAGCGAGACAGAGCUGCAGGCAGCGCUGCUUGAAGGGUCUAGUCUAGUGGAGCCUAUGAUUAAGUGGGAGAUCUCUGAUGAUGGCGUCGUUAAUGACUCUGCUUUAGAUGUGUUAAGUGAAGACUUUUUAAUCAAGUCAGAGCCGCCGUAUGAUGAGUUGCCAGAGACAGACGUUGAGCGGCCCAAUUCCGAGAUCGCCAUGGCCAGUUUCGGUGGAGAGAAACCAUACGCUCGCGAAGAAUGUCACAGGAGCUUCAAAAAUAAGUGUGUCGUAAAGAAAGACAUCCAAGAAACGAGCUUACUGUCCGAAACUUCAUCAUUUGUGACUUCAAAUGUAGACGAAAAGCAGAACUACGAAUACAUGAGAUGA